CUCUCCUUUCCUAUCCGCUUUUUAUUUCCUCUUCGAUUUCCUUCGAUUUUCUUCCAUUCUACUUCUUAUGAGUACUCCCUCCCCGAAGUCUCUCGGCCAGUCAGGCUACCUACCCCCUGCUUCCCUCUACCACCGUACUAACGUCCAGGUCCGGAGUUGACCCUAGUGAGAUGUCACCGCGCACCGGCGUGGGGAGCGAAGAGACUUGGCGCGAUAACAAUUCUUGCUCAGAGUCGACGACGACGAGUCCCUUUUGCUCUUUCCGUGAUGUUGGCGGUUGAGCAGCCGAGCCUUCGGUACUAAGGUGGUAGUAGCCAAGAUCCGGGGAAAGGCUUGUUUUCUUCAGCACUUGUCUGAGGUCGCGCCCCCCCCAACUGUUUGCCAUGACCGACUCGCGUAAACGGAGAGAGGGAGGAUCCUCAUCCGGCCGCGACGACCUGCCAGAAAGCAACUAGGCUGGCCCCAUGGCGUAAGGAAAUCCCCAGGGAAUCCCCCUCCUCUUCGUGACGAUCUACAUGUCUAUAUAUCUCUUCCUUGCAUGCUUGCAUAGGCGUUAUCGGCGCAGGUUUCUAGGUUUCCCCUCUCUGAAGCGACAACGCAACUCGCUGAGCACCCUUCUAUGCGCAGGGUCUGUAUGGGAGGAGGGACAAAGAGAUAAGGAGACACGCAGACAUGAAGAGAGACAAAGAGCGAAUGCUUCGGGCGUAUCCAGCCACGCUACGACAUGUUGCUUGCCAAUCUUCAUCGCCUCGAGUCCGCCCCACUGGUCUCGCUCGGACUUACUAAGGCCAUCGCAACGUGGUUGGCGAUGUAAGACAUUGGCCAUGGCACGUUCCACGCACACCUCCCCCUCCAAUCUUUCCACCAUCAAAUCAACGCCUCUCUCAGUAACGCAUCCGAGCACAUGCCUGGCCAUCCAUGCUGGUCCCGCGAAUAGUGGGUGUCCUGCUUCACCAGGAUACGGAAAAUAACGUAGAUCACGCAUCGUAUAUCGUAGAAACCAUUGAACCUCGGGGGUGGCUGGCGCACACUAGAUAAAGAAGACGGG